UGGUGGCGGUGGCGGCGGUGGAGGAGGAUCGAGUGGACGAAGGACUGGACGGAGGGAAGGGUGAGAGGGUGAAAGAGGGACAGUGGCAAAUGCGUUGGUUUAGGCGGUAGUGGUGUAGCGGCUGGUCUUUUAUGGCCUAGGGUGGUUGCACGGAGGGGGGUGGAAGGCACACUCGUCGUCGCUCGGGACCGAUAUCUCGACGAUCGAAUCGAGAUGAGAUUGCUGCCGUUGAUCUCGAUUAUGUGUUUGGCGAGGCGGUGCGCCGAUUGCCGGGCUGUCGAUUCCAACGGUGAGAACUCGUUUGGAAGGGCGCAGGGCCGCAGAUUCAGCGUGGACGAGCUGUUGAAUACGAGAUUCCCCCACGGUAUCAGCGGCGACGUGGACGUGGACGUCUGUAAGGCGGGCGGGUUCCUGGGCGACAUCGCUCUGCCCAACAUCAAAUACGAGACCGAAUGGAGGCAGCAGAAGCUCAACAAGAGUUUCUUGGAGGAGCUGGAGAAAUAUCGGGACGAGGUGUUGAAAGAGGGUCUCCAGGUCGAGGAGGAGGGUCUUACAGAGAUUCUCCAAUUCAAAAAUGGGCACGAGGCUAACGAGCCGCAUCAGGAGAACGAGGAGAUGGUGGCUUCUCAAGAGAAAUCCGAACCAAUUAUGGUGGACCGGAAUCAAUACAGCAUGGACGGCGAGCUCGAGGGUGGAUUCAGUUUUAACGCUAGGAACGAGGAUGCCAGGCCUGGGGUGAGGGACGAAGGCGUUGAAUUCAGGCUAGAGUCAACGACCCCACCAACGAAGAAGAGGCAUUCCGCUCGAAAACAAGGACGUGAAGCCUCGCAAACGGCGUCGAACGCUACAAAAUCGAUGCAAGCAUUUUUGAGAACGUCUGAAGAGUUGAACGUCGCGUUUCCCACGAGCACGGAGGGCACCAAUCAAAUGAGAAAUUUGAACGCGGAAAACAUCGAGCAAGUGUUCACCAUCCAACCGGAAAGCAGCACGCGGAACACGUCCAAGCAACGUCAUCGUCGUCAUCAUCGUAGGAGAACGCCGAAGAGGAGGCAUCGGCGUCGAAAGAUCCCUCUGAUCAGACGAGACUUGGACGACUCCUCGGACGAGGUGGUGUCGUUUCACGAUCGGCAAUUACGUUCGAUCCAGUUCUACGACAUGGAGCACAAGUGGAAACACGGGGGGGCGAGGAAACGCGAGAGAUUUUCGAGCAGGGCGAGGAGGGCUGCGACAGCUCGCAAGGAACGCGUAUGGGAUCACGGGGUGAUCCCGUACGAGAUCGAUGGAAACUUUUCCGGCGCCCACAAAGCUCUGUUCAAACAGGCGAUGAGACACUGGGAGAAUUUCACUUGCGUCAAAUUCGUGGAGAGGGUCCCCCAGGAGCAUCCUAAUUAUAUACUGUUCACCGAGAGGCCUUGCGGAUGCUGCUCGUUCGUCGGGAAGAGAGGAAACGGGCCGCAGGCGAUAAGUAUCGGGAAGAAUUGCGACAAGUUUGGGAUAGUGGUGCACGAGUUGGGCCACGUAGUCGGUUUUUGGCACGAGCACACCAGACCGGAUCGCGAUCGCCACGUGCAAAUUAUCCGUGACAAUAUCAUGUCCGGCCAGGAGUACAACUUCAACAAAUUGACCGAGGACGAGGUGAACUCCCUCGGUUUGCCCUACGAUUACGACUCCAUCAUGCACUACGCGAAAAACACGUUUUCAAGGGGAACGUAUUUAGAUACGAUCUUGCCGAUGGAAGUGCACGGGAAAAAGAGGCCCGAGAUUGGGCAGAGGCUUCGACUAAGCGAAGGGGACAUCGCUCAGACCAAUCUUCUUUACAAAUGUUACAAGUGCGGCAGAACGUUUCAAGAAAACAGCGGAAGUUUCGGAUCUCCGACACAUCCGAACAGCUCCCCGCCAUCCGAGGGCGAGAGAUGCGAAUGGAGGAUCACGGCCACGCAUGGCGAACGAAUAGUCCUCAAUAUUACGUCGUUGGAUAUAUUCAAAAGCAAUUUUUGCCGCAGCGACUAUCUCGAGAUUAGGGACGGAUAUUGGUACAAAAGCAACGUGUUGGGUCGAUACUGCGGGAGCGGUAAAAUCCACGAGCCUGUGGUCUCGACCGGAAGUCGAAUGCUGGUUACAUACGUGACGUCCAACUAUCAGUCGGGUCAUCGUGGUUUCACGGCGUCCUACGAGGCCGUUUGCGGUGGUGAAAUCGAGCUGGAGGACACCGGCCAUCUGGAAUCGCCCAACUACCCGGACGGUUACCAAUCGAGCAAGGAGUGCGUCUGGAAAUUGUCAGUGCCCCAAAACUUCCAAGUGGCGUUGAAGUUUCAAUCGUUCGAGAUCGAGAAUCACGACAAUUGCGUGUACGACUACGUGGAGGUGCGGGACGGCCAUAACGCGGAUUCGCCAUUGAUCGGGGUUUACUGCGGUUACAAGAUACCUCCGGACAUCAAGUCGACGGGCAACAAACUUCUGGUGAAGUUUGUUAGCGACGGGUCCGUGCAGAAGGCUGGAUUCUCGGCCACGUUCAUGAAAGAAUUCGACGAGUGCGUGUUGAUCGAUCACGGUUGUGAACACAAUUGCAUCAACACUUUGGGCGGAUUCGAAUGUUCCUGUAAACCUGGCUACGAGUUACAUUCCGAUGGGAAACACUGCGAAGAUGCCUGUGGCGGAGUGUUCGAGGACAGCAACGGAACUAUCACGAGUCCCUCGUUUCCGGUAACUUAUCCAGGAAACAAGGAUUGUGUCUGGGAGAUCAUAGCUCCGCCCCAAUACCGUAUCACGCUCAAUUUCACCCAUUUCGAUCUCGAGGGUACGAAUGCUCGUCAACAGGAAUGCGAAUACGAUUCCGUGGAAGUGAGCAGCAAACUCGGAGACGAUAUUUUGAGAAAGCACGGAGUUUUCUGCGGCUCGAGGUUACCAUCGCUCAUUACCUCGGAGGGCAACUCCAUGAGAGUAACCUUCACGUCUGAUAACAGUAUCCAGAAAACUGGUUUUGCUGCGGUAUUCUUCACCGACAUGGAUGAGUGUGCGACCAACAAUGGCGGUUGUCAACACGAGUGCAGAAACACAAUAGGCUCUUAUCAAUGCUCGUGUCACAACGGAUUUACGCUUCACGAAAAUGGACACGAUUGUAAGGAAGGCGGUUGCAAGUACGAAAUUGCCGCGCCUAUGGGCACUAUAACAUCACCCAACUAUCCAGAUUAUUAUCCUGGCCUGAAAGAUUGCGUCUGGCAUUUUGUCACCAAACCGGGUCAUCGUAUUAAAUUGGUUUUCAAAGUUUUCGAGAUGGAGUCCCAUCAAGAAUGCAAUUACGAUCACAUCGCGAUUUACGACGGCGAUUCGCCCGAUAGUCACGUUCUCGGCAAAUUCUGCGGUACCAAAGAGCCCCAUCCAAUCUUGGCAACUGGGAAUCAAAUGUACAUGGUAUUUAAGAGCGAUGCUUCCGUCCAGAGGAAAGGUUUCUUUGCAACUCAUAGCACGGCUUGCGGUGGCCAUCUGGUUGCGACCAACGAAAUCAGGCAUUUGUACUCCCAUGCGAGAUACGGUGUCCACAAUUACGACCACAGGACCGAUUGUGAUUGGGCAAUCGAGGCGCCACCUGGUAAAAACGUGCAUCUCACGUUUGUCACGUUCCAACUAGAAUCGGAGAGCGACUGCAAUUACGAUUUUGUCGAAGUCUAUUCCGGCCUGGACACGUCUGGCCUCCUCUAUGGACGAUUCUGCGGAAAUAGCAAUACCACCGAUUUUAUUUCGAUAAACGAGGCGCUGCUAGUAAGGUUCAGAACGGACGACACGAUAUCGAACAAAGGAUUCAUGGCGUUGUUCGUCGCCGUCGACCGUCAGGAUAGCGGCGAGAAUUACGGAGGUUCGGAGGACGAAGACGCGGACGAGGAGAAUCUCUGAUCCGUGACAGGCCUCGCCAAUCGAGUAGGCUACGGAUUCCACAUUGGUUCGCUCUUGCGGAAUAACGAUCAAGGUGACGAGUAAAUCUCUCGAAUUGCUCGAAUAGAAAAACAUUUCAAUCGGAAUCCAGGACAUAAGCCCAUGGCAAAUGUGAAUCUUGCUCGAUCGUCGAGGCCGCGAAUCUUCUGUUCUAUCCUCACGAAUUACGCAUUCGAACAAGGUGAAAUGAAUCGAAUGAUUAAAAUAUCGAUCCAUUGGACUUGGAAGAUUUAUAUUCAACGAUAAAAACGGGUGAAUAAAGGCGUUUCCCCCCGUGAGUUAAUCCGAGUGUCUCUCUCUCUCUCUCUCUCGUGUCAAGGAUAAUUUAUUCCGUCAGCGAUGACAGUUAGAUAACGGCUUAACCAUUUGGAUUAGCGAUUUACGAUCCCGAAAAAAUUCGGCCUAGGUUCAGGCCAAUCGUGCCAUUGUAUGUUUGUAGGUAGAGAGCGCAUUAUACUGUUAACUAUUAUUCAGAAUCCAGUGAGAAAUCGCGAAGAUUUAAAGAGGAAUGGCGAAUCGACACACCUUUUGUGUCGACAAGAGUGAUUUUCUAAUAUUUGAUCGAACAUCGUCUCAUCGUUUGUUACGGAAUUAUUCCAAGUAAUCGAUAUCGAUGCGAUAAGAAGGCAUAAAGAAGUCGAGAAAAAGGAAUGAAAAUAAUUCCAUACUCGACGUUAUUCUUUCAAACACUGCCCUGUAACAAAUGAUUCGAUCACUUUUUUCUCGAUAAUCUAAUUCUUUCCAAUCUUCUCUUUUCUUCUCCUCUUUUUUCUUUUUCUUUUUCUUUUUCUUUUUCUUUUUUUUUUUAUGGACGUUUAUGAUAUUUUUCGAAAACAUUUCUUUCAAAUCGUAUAUGUGGACGAAUAGUUUUAAUGUCACCAUAUAGGAAUGCGGGACGAAAACGAGAGUCGUGUUUUAAAAUGUUGAAUGGAGAAAGAAAAAAAUUGACGAGAAAUAUCUCGCUCGAACCUAUCCGAUGGAAACCUUCCAAACGACAACUCGUGCAAAUAACUUGAAAUAAUCUAGAUGUAAAUUUUAGUUAUAGCGCUGAUCGAUCCUGAAGAAAAUCAGCGAUAGAAGUCUUACGGUGAGCCUCGAACGACGACCGAUUUCGAUCGACGUUUCUUUUCACGAGGAUCUCGCCAAGCGUUUAUUGUACAUAGAUAAAAGUUUUUAGAUGUAGACGUCGUGCCGUUUUAUAUCGUAGUCAUAGGAUCGACGACGAAAAAAAAAGAAAAAAAAAAAAAAUGAAAUGUCUCGCUAUCGUGUGAAAUUCAUGGAUUUUUGAUGGUUCUCAGGCUCUGUACUUUCGUCUGUGCGUCUCGGAACAAUAAAUAUUUAAAAAUAUUUCGAAUAAUUAGGUGUUUAUGAAUUUGUUGAGGAAUGAAAUAAUUCCAAAUUGUAUUGUUAGGCAUACGUUGAAUUGACAUAAACUAGACAAUAGUAUUCGAUACAAAUUAUUGGUACACCGUGAAAGUUCAGCUAGAGCAAAUAGAAAUCUCUAAUAAAUUUAUCGUAGAUAAUAAUAAACUCUGGAGUUGCGAUAUUUUGGACACUUGGUAUUAAACUUGCAGAUAAACGACGAGAAAGAUUAAAUUUAAGAUCGUAAAGACGUAUCCUACUCGAAAUACUCGUGUUUCUGGCAUGAAACGUUAUUCUUUGUACACUGUUUAAGAAAAAAAAUGACAAAUGUAAAAGAUUAAUCUUUAAUACGUAAAAAUAUUGUUCAAGAAUAAGGAACAAUAUUAUUAUUAAAUUUUCAAAAUUUUUGCCAAUUUUUCUACGUAUUUCACUGCCCGGUAUAUAAUUUUCUCGAUGGUGCACGGAGAAAUUAAAAGGAAAAAUGAUAUUAAUGAUAUAUUCUUCACGUUCUUUUUCUAUUGUCCGAUAACAAUGAAUAGGGCCUAUAUUAAUUGAAAUUAAUUAGAAAGAAAUACGAUGAACUUGAAGUUUCUUUUGCAGAUGUACACAUACACGUUCAUAAUGUUGAUCCUUCGGAAAGAAAAAAAAAAUGAAUGAAAAAUUCGUAUGCCUAUAUAGGAUAAUAAAUACCUUGUCAUUAUCCGACGAUAAGAGCAAUAUUAAGCGCCGCGUCAAGUUCCUUUUUGUAAAUUAUAUGUGAUUUAUUUGUUCUCAGAAAUACACGUUAUAGGCACUCUAUA